AUGGGUAUGUCAAUUUCAAAACUACUAGGAAAUUUAUUCUCUUCAUCUAAUAAAAAAUUCAAGAUUCUAAUGCUAGGACUUGAUGGAGCUGGAAAAACUUCUCUUCUUUACAAAAUGAAACUUAAUUAAAAUGUUAUGACUGUACCUACUAUAGGUUUUAAUAUGGAAACAUUAUAGUAUAAGAAUGUUAAAUUUAAUGUAUGGGAUAUUGGUGGAUAGGAUAAAAUAAGAAUACUUUGGAAACACUACUAUCCUUGUGCAUCUGCUAUAAUAUUUGUUGUUGAUUCUUCUGAUGUAGAAAGGCUCUCUGUUGCUAAAUAUACUCUUUUCUAAGUUUUAAACGAACAAGAAACAUUUGGAAUUCCAGUACUUAUAUUUGCUAAUAAAAUCGAUGUUUGCUAAAUUGCAUUUAACGAUUUGUCUGGUCAAUUAGGAUUGCAUGAAUUAUAAAAUAGAAAAAUUCACUUAUAAUAAUGCUGUGCUAUUACAGGAGAAGGAAUGUUUGAAGGCUUUGAUUGGUUAAAUCAGCAACUUAAAAAUUGA